AUGAGUCGCAAUCAGGACGCCGACAGGUUGCCGCAAACAAUCGGCGAAAUAGAGGCUCUGCCUUGGUGUCGCACCCUCCUCGCAAACCCAAAAGUUACCACAUUCGUUCCGCAAUCCCGUGUCCCAGAAAACACCAACCCACACGACAGGUUCUUCGGGAAGACGCUCAACAACGCGAGUGGUAUACCGGCAUGCAUCAGCUUCCAUCUCACGACGCCGGGAAAAUCCGUCAUCACCGAACUUUCGUCCCUAUUUGCGCUUUCAAGAGGGGUUGAUGGCUACCCCAACAUCGCACACGGCGGCAUCACUGCGGUGCUGAUCGACGAGGUCCUUGGCGUGUUGAUUCAAAGAAACAUGGACACGGAGAGAGAGCAUCCAGUUUUCAAGAUGAAUACAGUCACCUCGUCCAUGAACAUCAAGUACCUCAAGCCCAUCAAAACGCCAUGUGUUGUGCUAGGGGUAGGACAGAUCAGGGAUAUCCGUGGAAAGAAAAUCCUGCUUAGAGCUAUUCUCAAAGACGCAGAGGGUGUGGAGUUGGUGACGUGCGACUCUGUCUGGAUUGGUAUUCCGAGGGUCAAGAUAUAG